CUCUCCCUCAUCUCAUUGUUUCAGACUAGACCAAAUUUGAAGUCCUUCCCAGGGCGUGGCUCUGUUCAUCUUACUCUCUAGCCAAAGUGAAACAGCGUGAGGACAGAGACACAGUCAGCAGCCAAAGGACUCGGUGGAGAGAGCAGAGCACCGUAGACAAUAUGCUGCUCUUGGGCCCCAAAGUGCUGCUGUUUCUCACUGCACUCAUCAUCACCUCUGAAUGGAGAACUCUGGGGGUCAAUGGUCAACGAGGAGAUGAUGUGACUCCAGAAACAUUCACAGAAGAUCCUAAUCUGGUGAAUGAACCUUCUACAGAUGAAACUGCCUCGCCCAGUGAUAAAAAUACCUCCACAGAGUGCCGGGAUGAGAAAUUUGCUUGCACAAGACUCUACUCUGUCCAUAGACCAGUCAAGCAAUGUGUUCAUCAGGUCUGCUUCACCAGUUUACGACGUAUGUACAUCAUCAACAACGAGAUCUGCUCCCGUCUUGUCUGCAAGGAACAUGAAGUUAUGAAAGAUGAACUUUGCCGUCAGAUGGCAGGUCUGCCCCCAAGGCGACUCCGUCGCUCCAACUACUUCCGACUUCCUCCCUGUGAAGAUGUGAAUUUGCAGAGACCCAAUGGUCUGUGAUCAUCAAGGAAGAAGAAAGAAGAAAGAAUGUGUGGGUGAGAGGAAGGCAGAAUUUCUUCUUCUACACCACUGUCAGCUAACCCAUAGACAUGAGUAUUUCUUAAACCUGUCCCUUUGCAAUAUCUAGCUUUGCCCCACUCCCUAAUUUUUGACCAAGACUAAUAACAUUUAACUCAUUUUUCAGUACUUAAAACACAAUAUCUAUAUUAUUGCAGUUUUGUUGCUUCCCAAUAUCAUAGACAUAGUGGAUAAACAUGAUUUACAUUCAAAUGUUCUACAUACAAUUUCUGGAGAGAAUAAACUUUAGGUUAAUAAUCUUUUUGGGAGGACUGUAGCUCAGUGGUAGAAUGCUUGCUUAGUAUGCCUAAGGCCCGAGUUCGAUCUUCAGAACUGCAAAAAAUAAAUCAAUAGUAAUAAUAAUCUCAGUGUAAGUGUGUGAGGGCAUAUAUGUAUGUUUGUUUGUGUGUGUGAUGCUGCCUCUCAAAUACUGGGCAAGUGCUUCACCAUGAAGCUACAGGCCCACCCUGUAUGUUAAUAAUCUCAAUUAUUAGAUUUGUUGGAAAUAGAUUUUAGGGUAGAAGAAACUAUCUUUGUCUACUUUGGCUAACCAUAAACUUCAUUUAUUUUCCUUCCAUGCCCUUCCUUAAUUAACUCUCUAUCAUUUAUGUAUUCCUCUUUAUUCAUUUUAAGUCUUUUGCUUGGAUUAUUCUAAUUUUGCCUGUCAGGUCUCCUUGGUGAGAAAGAUCACAGUAAUUUUUGUAGUUCUAGAAGAUUCUCUCAUCAGAACCAAGAAUUAUGUAAUUCUAAUAGCAAUACAUAAAGACCCCAAAUGUUGUCUUCUGCUAAGGGCAGAGUCUGGGGUUAAAGAGAGAGGAUUAUGCCAGUUAUAGAACUUGGACUCAUAAUUCUGUCUUCGAUUUUUCAUGCAAUUGUUCAGUCAAGGAGUAGGGUUGGAAAAUAAGUCCUUUACUUAUUCAUUUAUGAUAGUACUGGGGUUAGCUCACUUCCACAAAGUAAACUAAACAGCUUAAUGUGAAACCAUACCAUUUGCCUGAGUUUCCUUGAGUUUUUCUACUUCUUUUAUCCUUAACAAUAAGUGCAAAAGUAGAGCUUAUUGUACAAAUGGAAAUUCCGGAAUAUCCUGACUUAGGGCCUAAGAAGAAUAUUCAGAUCUGAUUUUUUUUUUAACUAGUGAUUGAACCCUGGAAUGCUUUCUCACUUAGCUAAGUCCCCAACUCUUUAUUUUUUAUUUUGAGACAGGCUCUUCCUAAGUGGCUUAGGGCCUUGCUAAGUUGCUGAGGCUGGCCUCAAACUUUUUCAAUGCUCCUGCCCCAGCUUCUCAAGUCACUGGGAUUA